CCAAAACCCAUCCAACCCACCCGUUCCACAUCCCCCCUUGCCCGGUGUUUACAGAGCGGCGCUGCUGGGCGGACCCGGUCCGGCUCGGCAGCUCCAUUGGGCGGCUCUCUCGUCAAUCACUGUGAGGGGGAGCUGCCCGCGGGUCCGUUCUGCUUGCCGGGCGCUUGCGCGGGGCCCUCGGGCGUUUCCCAGAGGUUACCGGGGGCCGCCCGCGGGGCCGGUCCUUGGCCGUGUCCAUGGAGCGGCGCCGUGGGAGGGGCCGGAGGCCGCGGCAGGGGCGGCUCGGCAGGGCCGGGUGACGGCGGCCGGGCGGCGGCACUGCGGGGCUGCAGCAGCGGGACGGGCCCGCACCGCCCAGCCCAGCCCAGCCCUGCGCUCGUCCCGCCGACCGGCGGAUGGGCACAGCGAGGGCAGCGGCUCGGUCAUGGCCAGCGGCGGCCCCGAGGAGGGAGAGGCGGUGGCGGGGGAGGAACAAGCCCUGAGGAAGCUGGUCGUCCGGCUGCAGAACGUCCAGGAGAGGAAGCGGCUGGAGACGCUGGUGCAGACCCUGAGCGACCUGCUGGAGCUGGCGGCCCGGCAGAGCGCUCCCCGGCUCUUCAGCGGCAAAAACGUCCACGUGCCCCUGCUGCUGGUGGUGGAUCUGUACCCGGGAGCGGCGGGCGUGCAGCAGAUGGGCUGGUCACUUCUUUGUAAAUUAAUAGAAAUUUGUCCAAGUACUCUACAAAACAUAGCUCCUAAGGAUGUUGGGAAGGACUGGGAAGUACUGGGUGUUCACCAGCAGAUUCUUAAAAUGCUUACAGUCCACAAAGGAAAUGUAAAUCUUUCAGUAAUAGGACUAAAAGCAUUAAAUCUACUCCUCAUGUCAGACAUAAUUGCUUUCCUGCUCUUGGAAGAAGAGGUGGAUGUGUUUUCCUUGGUGUUUAAUGCCAUGCACACCUUCCCUAAAAAUGAAGAGAUCCAGCAGCAUGGAUGUAAAGCAUUACACAAACUUUUUGAGAAAGUUCCAGAAGAGCAGCUGACUGAAUUUGUUGAAAGCAAAGAUCAUAUGAUCAUACUGAAAGUUUUCAAAGAGUUUCCAGAGAAAGAAGAGGUGAUCCUUCCUGCACUUUAUUCAUUACAUUCCUUGGCUGGUCCACCCAGCAAUGUUGAAGUGCUCAUGUCGGGAAAUGUUCGCUGCUACAAUGUUAUAGUGGAAAUGAUGAAAAGUUUCCCCAGCAGUGAACCACUUCAGGAAGUGAGUUGCUGUUUGUUGCACAAGCUUACAUUGGGAAAUUUUUUCAAUAUCCUUGUAUUACAUAAGGUUCCAGAAGUCAUUGUGAAGGCUGUUACAACAUAUCCUGAAAAUGCAAAGUUACAAGCUGCAGCUCUCAGUUGUUUAGCUCUUCUAACUGAAACAAUAUUCUUAAACCGGGACUUAGAGGAAAGAAAAGAAGAGGAGGAGGAAGAAAAGUUCUGCUGGUUGGAAGCAUGUUACAGAGCAUUAGAACUGCACCGAAAAAAUACAGAUGUGCUGGAGGCUGCGUGCUGGGCUUUGAAAAAUCUGUUUCUGUAUCAACGCAACCUUCAUGAGAAGAUUGGAGAUGGAGAUAAUCAGUUCCCAAUAGACAGAGCAGUGAUGCUCUCCAUGCUGAUGCACUCCUCUUCAAAAGAAGUGUUUCAGGCAGCUGCUAGCACCUUGGCAAUUUUGUCACAACAAAAUGUAAAUAUUAGGAAGACACUACUGGCAAAAGGCAUACAUAUGAAUGUUUUGGAUAUAAUGAGGAAACAUCCACAUUCUCCUGAAAUGGUUGAAAGUGCCUGCAGGAUUCUGAAUCAUGUUUUCGAAGGAAGUUUCCCUCAUCUGGAUGUAAUGACAGUAGCAGUAUCAGAAGUUGUAAAAGCCAUGAGGAAACAUGAAAAAUCACUCUCUGUACAACUGGAAGCACUUCGAGUCCUUUUACACUUCAUGAUGCCCAGUACAAAGAAUGAACACCAGAAUGGUUCUUCCAGAGAUGUGGGAGAUGCUGCUUUUGCACUUACAGGAAAAGUCAUUAAAAGCCAGUGUCUGUUGGAGGGGACUCAUUCAUUGGUGCUUAAUGCUUUGAACAGGUUUAUUGGAAAUCCUAGCAUUCAGAAGUGUGGAUUAAAACUGCUUGGUUCUGUAGCUGAGUGCACAGGUGCACUGGAAAUUUUAACCCAGCAAGGAGCUACUGACACUGUGCUUCACACCCUACAGAUGUAUCCAGAUGAGCAAGACAUACAGUGUUUGGGUUUGAGUCUUCUGCGCUCUUUGAUCACACGGAGGAGUUUGUGCAUUGCAACCAUGCACGUCCUGUCAGCAGUUCUGGUUUCUACCCUGCGACGAUUUAAAGAAGUCACUGAAAUCCAGAUGCAUGGAUUUCAUGCAAUCUUGGCAAUUCUUGGUUUGUCACCUUGUUUUGCAAAGCUGCUGGUAAAUGAAUCAUUUGACACAGUCAUUUUCUACCAGAUGUCUAUGUGUUUCACUGACCAGCGAGAUCAACAGUUUCAAAGCCUGUGUUGUAGAUGUUUUGCUAAAAUGGCUGAAAAUGAUGAGUUAAAAAAUACAAUGCUGGAAAAAGCAUGUAUGGAGUACAAUAGUAUUAUGGCUGAAUGUUUACUUUUACUGGGAGCUGAUGUUAAUAAGAAGACAAAGACAAACUCUUUGAUCUAUCAGGUUUGUGAGAAAGGAAGUAAUCCUAAAUUGGUGGAAUUGUUACUGGCCAGUGGUGCUCGAGAGCAGGACAUUCGGAGUGCUUUGACCAUCAGUAUAAAGAGAGGAGACAGCCAAAUCAUCAGCUUGCUCUUAAAGAAACUUAGCCUUGAUGUCACCAACAGCAGUAUUUGUCUUGGAGGAUUUGGUUUUGGCAGAUUAGAGCCUUCCUGGCUCAUUCCUUUGUUCCCAGAUAAACUUACUCAAACAAGAAAACAGAAUGCAGGUUCUGCCCUGGCAAGGAUGGUGCUCAAAUUCCAGAUGAAGAAUAUUUCAGAGGAUAGAUCAAGAGCCUCCUCUGAUCCAAACUUGUCUGAAGAUGGAGUGGACAGAAACUAUGACUGGAAUUUCAUACCUGACCCGUUAGUAGACAGUAUUUUUCCUUUGAGUGAUGAUAUUGAUAGUGAAGGAAGUGAAGGCUUACUUUUUACAAAAAAGAAGUCCAAUUCCAUUGCAGUUGCUGAUUUAUAUUGUAGGGAAAUGGCAUGUCAGAGAGGUUCUCCUACUUUGAUGCGACAUUCCUACUCUGUGGGACCUGGCUCAGAUUAUGAACCAUUAAUGAAACAAAGACGAAAAUUCUUGCUCUCAGAUGAAUCCCCCAAAGGCAUCUCAAAAUUGUCAUCACAUAUGAGAUCAUCAGACAGUCUUUCUUCAUUGAUCUCAGAGAAAGAGUAUAUUAAAUCACUAGAUCUUUCAUCAAAUGAGCUGGAGAACAUUGAUGCCAUCAGCCAGAACAGCUGCUUAAUAAGUCAUCUGGAACACCUUGAGAAACUGGAGCUCCACCAAAAUGCUCUUAUAAACAUUCCAGAACAACUGUGUGAAAACUUGAAAUGCCUGACUUACCUGGACUUGCACAGUAACCGAUUCACGGCUUUCCCGCCGUACUUACUGAGGAUGAAUUGUAUCUCAAACCUCGACAUCUCACGAAAUGACAUCGGCCCUUCCUUUGCUCUGGAUCCCAACCUCAGAUGUCCAACUCUAAAGCAACUCAACCUUUCAUACAAUCAGCUGGUGUGCACUCCUGAAUUUCUUACAAGUGUUGCUGAAAAUCUGGAACAGCUCUCGCUGGAAGGAAACAAGAUUUCAUGCUUAUGUUCACCCCUAUGCUUGAAAGACCUGAAAAUUUUAAACAUUAGUAAGAACAGUAUUUCAUCCCUUGCUGAGAAUGUCUUCAUGGGCUGUACAAAACUGGAGCAGUUCAAUGCCAGGAUGAAUGUUCUUGAAAAGAUACCUGACUUGUCAUCCAGCAUAACAAGUUUAAAAUUAUCCCAGAAUUGUUUUAUUAAUGUUCCAGAAGCUAUUCUUCUUCUACCACAUUUGAGAUCAGUAGAUUUAAGCCAAAACAAGAUCACAAGCCUGCCUGGACCGAUGCACUGGAAAUCACUAAAUUUAAGGGAGCUGUUAUUUAAUCAUAAUCAAAUAGAUGUCUUGGACUUGAGUGAAAAGGCAUGUGCAUGGUCUAGGCUAGAAAAGCUACACCUCUCCCACAACAAGUUAAAGGAGAUUCCUCCUCAGAUUGGCUUCCUAGAGAACUUGACUUCUCUGGAUGUAAGUCAUAAUCCUGAUUUGAGAUUCUUUCCUGAUGAAAUGGGAAGACUGUCCAAAGUCUGGGAUCUUCCUUUGGAAGGACUCCAUCUUAAUUUAGACUUCAAGCAUGUGGGAUGCAAAGCCAGAGACAUUAUCAGAUUUCUUCAGCAGCGACUGAAGAAGGCAGUGCCUUACAACAGAAUGAAGCUCAUGAUUGUUGGGAACACUGGCAGUGGGAAAACCACCCUGCUGCAACAGCUCAUGAGAAGCAAACGAACAGAACUGGGCUCUCCAAAAGCUACAGUAGGCAUUGAUGUGAAAGACUGGAUCAUUCAAGGGAAAGGCAAAAUGAAGAAGGAGCUUAUAUUAAAUGUGUGGGACUUUGGAGGACAAGAGGAGUUCUACAGUACCCAUCCUCAUUUCAUGACCCAGAGGGCUUUGUAUCUUGCUGUUUAUGAUCUCAGCAAAGGACAAGCAGAGGUGGAUGCUAUGAAGCCAUGGCUUUUUAACAUCAAGGCUCGAGCAUCAACAUCCCCUGUGAUUCUUGUUGGCACUCAUCUGGAUGUUUCUGAUGAAAUGCAACGUAAGGUCUGCAUGAGUAAAAUCACCAGAGAGCUGCUGAACAAGCGGGGCUUCCCAGCAAUCCAGGAUUACCACUUUGUCAAUGCCACAGAAGAAUCUGAUUCCAUCAUCAGACUUAGGAAAAUCAUCAUAAAGGAGAGUCUUCACUUCAAGAUAAGAGAUCAGCCAGUGGUUGGUCAGCUAAUUCCUGACAGCUACCUGGAGCUGGAAAAGAGAAUUUUGCUGGAACGUAAAAAUGUCCCAGUGGAAUUUCCUGUAAUUGAUCAGAAGCGCUUGCUGGAACUGGUACAAGAAGGCCAGCUACAGCUGGAUGAAAAUGAACUCCCUCAUGCAAUUCACUUUCUGAAUGAAUCAGGUGUUCUCCUUCAUUUCCAAGACCCAGCACUUCAGCUGAGAGAUCUGUAUUUCGUAGAUCCAAAGUGGCUGUGUAAAAUCAUGGCACAGAUUCUGAUGGUGAAAGUGGAAGGCUGUUCUAAAUACCCUAAGGGAAUUGUGAAGCGUUCAGAUGUGGAAAAAUUCCUUUUGAAGAAGAGCAAAUUCCCUAAAAUCUAUAUGUCACAAUACUUUAAGCUUCUGGAAAAGUUCCAGAUUGCUUUGCCAUUAGGAGAGGACCAACUGCUAAUCCCAAGCAGCUUGUCUGAUCACAGACCUGUUAUAGAGCUUCCCCACUGUGAAAAUUCUGAAAUUAUCAUCAGGCUUUAUGAGAUGCCAUACUUUCCUAUGGGAUUUUGGUCCAGGCUCAUCAACAGGUUGCUUGAGAUAUCUCCUUACAUGCUCUCAGGAAGAGAGCGAGCUCUUCGUCCUAACAGAAUGUACUGGAGACAAGGCAUCUACUUGAACUGGUCUCCUGAGGCUUAUUGUCUAGUGGAGUCAGCAGUAUUUGACAACAACCCAGACAGUUUUUUGAAAAUCACAGCACCUUCUUGCAGAAAAGGGUGCAUCCUUUUGGGGCAAGUUGUGGAUCACAUAGAUUCUCUUAUGGAAGAAUGGUUUCCAGGUGACCUUUUGGUAAAUCCAGAUCAACCAAGACAGACCAUUCCAAUUGCUCAGAUUGCUCCUGACCUGAUACUGGCUGAUUUGCCUAGAAAUAUUAUGUUGAACAAUGAUGACCUGGAAUUUGAUGAAGCUCCUGAAUUUCUCUUGGGUGAUGGUGGCUUUGGAUCUGUGUACCGUGCAUCCUAUGGUGGUGAAGAUGUUGCUGUAAAGAUUUUCAAUAAACAUACUUCUCUCAGGCUCCUAAGACAAGAGCUUGCAGUGCUUUGUCACCUCCACCACCCCAGUCUGGUGUCUUUGCUGGCUGCUGCAAUCCGUCCCCGGAUGCUGGUGAUGGAAUUGGCUCUCAAAGGAUCUCUUGAUCGUUUGCUUCAACAGGAAAAUGCAAGUUUGACUAGAACACUUCAGCACAGGAUAGCUCUACAUGUAGCAGAUGGCUUAAGGUACCUGCAUUCAGCAAUGAUCAUCUACCGUGAUUUAAAGCCUCACAAUGUGUUGCUCUUUACCUUAUAUCCCAAUUCAGCUGUUAUUGCAAAAAUAGCUGACUAUGGCAUUGCCCAGUAUUGUUGCCGAAUGGGAAUAAAAACCUCGGAAGGCACACCAGGAUUUCGAGCGCCAGAGGUUGCCAGAGGAAAUGUUAUUUACAAUCAGCAAGCUGAUGUUUAUUCAUUUGGCUUGCUGCUUUAUGACAUUUUAACAGGAGGAGGUAGAAUAAUGGAAGGCUUGAAGUUUCCAAAUGAAUUUGAUGAAUUAGCAAUACAAGGAAAAUUACCAGAUCCUGUCAAAGAAUAUGGGUGUUCCCCGUGGCCUGAAGUUGAAAACUUAAUUAAAAAGUGUUUGAAGGAAAAUCCUCAGGAACGACCAACAUCUUGCCAGGUUUAUGAGAUCCUGAAUUCUGCAGAGCUGAUCUGUUUGAUGAGAUAUGUCUCCAUACCUAGCACAUCUACAGCAGAGUGCAUGGUGGCAGCCAAUCAAAGCUGCAAGAAGGCAGGAGUCUGGAUAGGAAAUGGGAACACAGAAAAGGCACAGCUUUCAUUUGUGAACCUAAACACAGAUGGACAUACUUGUGAGGAUAUUGCAGACAGUAAAAUUAUAAGUUUGGCCUUAGUGACUCUUCCUACUGAGAAAGAAAACUGGAUUGUAGCAGGAACCCAGUCUGGUUCUCUGUGGGCUGUUAACACAGAAGAUGAAACAAGAAGGCAUCGUCUGCAGAAAAUGUCAGAUUCUGUCACUUGUUUGUACUGUAAUUCUCUUUCAAAGCAAAGCAAACAGAAAAAUUUCUUCUUGGUAGGCACAGCUGAUGGCAAACUGGCAGUUUUUGAAGACAGAGCAGUAAAGUGUAAGGGAGCUACACCUUUGAAGAUACUGACUAUAGGAAAUGUUAGCACACCCCUGAUGUGCUUAAAUGAAUCCUCAUGCUUCUCUGAAAAAAAUGUAAUCUGGGGAGGCUGUGGAACAAAAAUCAUUGCCUUAACCAGUGACUUCUCUGUUCAAAAGCUCAUUGAAACAAAGACAAGUCAACUGUUCUGCCAUAAUGCUUACAGUGAUGCAAACAUUAUUUCAAUAGCAAUAGACAAAUCCAUCUACUUGGCAAAGAAAAACAGCCAUUUUGUGGAAAUCUGGGACAAGAAAACAGAAAAACUUUCUGAAUUAAUUGACUGUGCACAUUUUCUGAAGAACAAAGUGGAAAAAUUAAAUAAGGAAUCAAAACACAAACUGGCUUAUUCAGGAAGAGUGAAGACCAUUUGUCUGCAGAAGAAUACUGCACUGUGGAUAGGGACAGGAGGAGGACACAUCUUGCUGCUUGACUUGUCAACGCGUCGUCCUGUACGAGUUAUAGACAAGUUCUGUGAUUCUGUUCGAGUCAUGGUAACAGCUCAGCUGGGGAGUCUCAAGAAUGUGGUCCUUGUUUUGGGAUAUUGCUAUAAAAGUGACACCGAAGACAACAAAUAUCACAAAGAGUUACAAUCCUGUGUGUCAGUGUGGGACAUUAACCUGCCCCAUGAAGUGCAAAACCUGAAAAAACACAUAGAAAUGAGACAGGAAUUAGCAGAAAAAAUGAAGAGCUUUUCUUUGGACUGAAAAGUCACCCUGCAAGUGCCAUUUUUUUCUAGUCUUCCAUCCUAACAUACUGUGCAAUAUUUACAACUUCUUCUUCCUGUUAUUUUUAACCUAAAGCAGGAAGAAAAUUACCAUGAGAGUAUUCAUAGGAUGCCAAGAAGAAAGAAGUUAUUUUUAAUAUUUGAAAGGACAGAAAACUGUUGGGAAUUUCUGAUUCUAAAAUGCUGUCAUGGAUCUGUUGUUUACCUGUGAAGUUCUGCUCUCUGCAACUAUGGCUCAACUUAGGUAUAACAUUGUUCAUUCAGUUUUUGAUCCCAGUUAAUCUGGGGAUAAGCCAGGAGACUAUAAGUGGCUCUAAUUUACUUAAGUAUCUCUAUGAGUUGACACUCUAAUAAGAAGCAAAAUUUAAGCCUCUGUGUGCUUACUGCACUUUGCAUGUGUGAGUUUGCUCCUGUGAUUCAUGGUUUAGUAAUGUCAGAGCUCGUGACUCUGUGAAAAAACAUCAUCUAACAGCAGUGUUUAAAGGAAUAUGUAAUUACUACAUUACUCUUUAAAAACAACAGGCAGAAUUGUCUGUGUUUCUUUCAUGAAUAAAUGACUUUUUUUUUUCCAUUAUGACCAGAAAAAACCCAGUUGUGCUACUCUAAUAAAAUAGCUCCAGAUUAAACACACGGUGAGGCUUCCUCACGUCAGUGCCCUCGUGCAGCGCUGCAGUCGCAGCUCUGGGCUGGGAACCCUGCCAGGCACAAAACUCCCUUGGGCAGCUCUCUGGGAAGAGAGAAGAGAAAGCACGGGGUCACUGCUCUGGUCUAAAUGCUGCUAUGACUUGCUCUCAGUCCAACUUGCUUGUUUGCUUACCUCAGUCUAAAAAAAGGGGAACUUUUGCUUUGAUUUUUCUAACAUGCAAAGUUUCCACUUAUUCAUUCUUGUUGGAAUUUGUGUUGUUUGGGGGGAUAAUCAGGGGAACCUUGAGGAGUGUAAGAACUGGCUGCCUCUUCCAAAUUUGUUUCUACACAUCAUCAUUCAAGAGUCACUGUUUGCUGCUUUCUGGCUGUAAGUGCAAGCUGCUGCUUACAGCCCACACUGACCUGCUCUAAGGACGUGCCUUAUUUCUGUCCUCCUGAAGACAGACACUUUCUUUUUUUGAUACCAGAAGAAUCCACAGGGUGCUCCCAAAAACCUCAGGGAGUGGAGCAUCCAGAGCCAUUCCUGAGUCUAGGGAGCUGAACAAGGUUGAGCAACCAAAAAGUUCUCAGUUUUUUGUUUGUUGUUUUUUUUUUGUGGGUUUUUUGUUUGUUUGUUUCUUUUUGGAAAAUUACAUACUGGGACAACAGCAUUUCUUAUGUCCAACUCUAACAUUGUUCUGUUCUCUGCCAGUUGUGGAAUGCAUACUCAGGAUUCUUUUCAGAUAUGCAUCCCAGUUUCUAUGAAUUCUUGUAAUCUGUGUACUGCGAAGAAUUUGCUAUUUAUAUGGGAUUUUAUAACUCAGAAAAUAUAUAUUAUGUUAGAAUGAAUAUGGUUGAGUUUUUUUAAAAGAAAAGAGUAUAUACAUUGUGAUUAAGUUUAUUUGUAAGUAAUUUUGAAAUGUAAGCCUAAACAUUUCUAUUAAAACUGUGCUUUGU